ACAAGGCCGGAAUUCGAUCGCCGAUUCUCCGGUAAACAAGCCACGCUGCCGGGACAGUUAGCAUUAGUUUUUGGUGUAACAUCUUCACCUUCCACGCGCCAACAAGAUUAGCAUUUUUUUUUGCUCUGCAAUGGCAAAUGAAGUUGUUCCAGAAACAGACAGUGGUGUUGCUAGCUCAGACGGGACCCCUGUUGCUCAAGAGUCUGUAGUUAUAGUUCCUUCAGGUUCAAGUAUGGAUUCAUUAAAUUCAGAUACCACAAAAUCUGUCUCUUCGACUACUACCACGACUAGCAAUGUAGGCACCAGCAAGUUAAAGCCUUCUGUCUCAUCCGCUAACAAUACCAAUCUACAGGCCAUUGAAGAAGAUGAUGAUGACAUUGAUGAGUCUCUAUUUGAGCGACUGGUUGGCCUGACUGAGAUGUUCCCCGACUCUGUCCGCAACGUCUCCUGCUGCCUGGCAUCCAACUCUUUGAAGCUAAUCACUAAUGGCUACAGCCUGUCUCGCCAGCUGGUGUGGUUCACCGCUACCACGUCGCUGCUGCUGUUCGCUCCUGUGCUGUUCGAGGUGGAGCGUCUCAAUGCUGAAGAGAUGAUCAAGCAGGAUAGAAAUAAGCUCGUCCUCGGCCCGGGAACUGCUAUGUCCGGCAGUCCACAGCCUGGACUGGUGCCCCCCGCCCACUAAUGCAACACGCAAUGCUGUUCCAGUCCACAUUUUACGCUCUUCCUACGACCAGUCCACACUUCACUCUCUUCAUACGACCAGUCCACACUCUG